UACAAUUUUAUAUCUUUGUGAAAUUUUUGUUGUUAUAAUUGUAAUAGCGUCGAACGGAAGAAAUAUUAGGAAAUAAUUAUAAUUAAUUACAUUAUAUUUAUAAAAAGUUCAACUUCAAGAAUGCAGAAGUUGCAGAUAUCGUAUCUUGUAAUCUACCAUUACAGUACGUAAAAAUCAUUGGCAGAGAAAAGAAAUAUUGUCCUUUUAUGGUGAAAUAUUACUGGAAAUAUCCAAUUUAUUUGAAUGAAAUGUUAAAACAUCCUCAUUAUAACUUGGAGAAAUAACUGAUAAGCAGCUGAAUAAUAUAAAUGAUAUAUGAGAAAUGUUCUAUUUUACUAGUAAUAAUUGUUCACAGUGGCCAAUUCAACAGCUAUUGAAAAUGAUAGAUUGGGGAAGGAUAAAACAGAGACAACUAUCCACAAAAAUGGAAAAUCUCAUGCAUACAGAUCAAGUGUUUGAUUCAGCAAUGUCAAGGAAAGAAGUUAGAAAAAUGGCUAUUCAGAAGAUGGAACAAAUUGACUACACAAUAAUGACUGCGAAAACAGGAAAGUUUGCGAAGAAAUAUGCUUCUUCAGCACCUUACCAUUUAUUUUUCACGAGAGUCGAAAAUUCCAAAGAGACUCAUAAUCAACGGUUUUCUAUAACUUUCUCUGAGAUUCUCGAUCGUAGUCUUGGAGAAAUUGUUAACAGUCUUCAUUUAACUUUUAUGGUAGAUGCCAUAUGGUUGUAUUUGCAAUAUUUGUUGGCUGGCCAACGUACCGACAUGACAAUUCUGUGCAAACAUAGAAAAUAUCAUGAGGAAUUAAAUGAAAACGUUACUAUAAUAAAGGUAGAAGGCCAGCGCGAUCAGUUCUCUAGUCAUCAUGCGAACAUCAUGAUCCUGCAAUAUAAAAAUGGGAUUCGAGUGAUUGUCUCUACUGCUGGCUUGCAUCCUGUUGAUUGGGAAAACAGGACACAAGGAUUGUGGAUCUCGCCUCAUCUGCCUUACCUGCCAGAAUCCGCAAAACCUAGUGAUGGGGAAUCUCCAACGGGUUUUAAAAAGGAUCUCGAGCGAUAUCUGAAUAAAUAUGAACAACCGGCUUUAACGCAGUGGAUACGUGCAGUGCAGAUGGCGGAUUUUUCUGAUGUAAAUGUGUUUCUCGUCGCUUCUGUUCCCGGAAUUUAUAAAGCUGACGAAGCCGACUUUUGGGGAUACAGAAAAUUGGCACACGUUCUAUCGCGCUAUGCCACACUGCCGCGAGGUGCACAGUGGCCUAUAGUUGCACAAAGUUCUGGCGUAGGCUGCUUUGGUUUGUUCGAAAAUUGGUUGUUGAAAGACAUAAUUUGGAAUAUGUCGGAGGAGACUUCUAAAGGUUUAAAAAAUCAGCCGCGUUUUCAAUUUAUUUAUCCGUCAAUAGAGAAUUAUAAGCAAAGCUUUGAUUCUGAACGUUUAAUUACUCCCUUGACGUACAGUGCAGAAACACAUUCUAAACAACAGUGGCUAGAAUCACAUUUAUAUCAAUGGAAAGCUAAGCGAACAGGACGAGAUCGUGCGAUGCCUAAUAUUAAAUCCUACACAAGGAUUUCUCCCGAUUCGAAAAGCAUUCCUUGGUUUGUGCUCACCAGCGCAAAUCUGAGCAAAGCCGCAUGGGGAACAACCAAACAAUACAAAGGUUAUAGUAUAGGAAACUACGAGGCCGGCGUGAUAUUCAUACCAAAAUUUAUUACUGGGACAACAACAUUUCCUGUUGGAGAAGAAAAAGAUGGUACAGACGUUCCAGUAUUUCCGAUCCCAUACGAUCUUCCAUUAACACGAUAUGGAUCGAAUGAUAGUCCUUUUGUCGACAAAUUUGUCUAGACAGAAUGUAACAUUUCAAAUGAUGACACUAGUGUUUAAAUCUGUUUAUCUGUUUUAAAUAAGGAUGAAAUAUUUUUGCAUCCGUGUUUAUAUUGUACAUUAUUGGUUGAAGAAACAGGGCACUGGUAAAUCAAUUUAUUCUUAUAUUCAUAUUGUAAUAAGGAUUGGGAACGUUACUUUAUAAAAAGUAUCUGUUAUUGUUAUCGUUACUUUUUAUAAAAAAUAACAUUAUUGUUACUAAUUCUUACUAAUUUUAAAAAUUACUCUUGAGUAAUCACAGCCAUAUUGAAUUAUGACAUCAGAAGCGAGAAUGACACGUUAAUUUUUAUUGCCAUUCAUAAAUAAAGACAAUUUGAAUAAAACAAGAUGAUGAGAUUGUUUUAAAACAUUUGUAAAAAUGGAAUAAACGAAGUUUUAGUAAAUAAUCGAAAACAGUGAUAAAGGCACGUGUAAGUGAAAAUAAGCUACGUAUGCGCAUUGAAUAAAAACACUUUAUGUGCCUUUCAUCACUUUUUACGAUUAUUCACUGAUUGAGGGGGAAUAAGCAUAGUUUUUAUCCAUUUUUACAAAUGUUUUAAAGCAAUCUCAUCAUUUUGUUUUAUUCAAAUUGUCUUUAUUUAUAAAUGGUACGUAAUAAAAAUUAACAUGUCAUUUCUCGCUUCUGAUGUCACGAUUUAAUAUGGCUGUGGUGACUACUUAGGAGCCUUAAAAAGUAAUACAUUACCGUUACCAUUACGUACAGGGUAACGAUUUAUUACUUGUUUGUACGUUGUAACGUUAAAGUGAGAUAUUAGAUAUAACUACGUAACUUACGCUUACUAAUUACAUUAUUUAAUAAUCAAUAUUAAUUAUAACGAUUAAUGUUAAAAUUUAUAGUUUUAAUAGCGAUUUUUGCUGGAAACACUGUGUGCAUAUUUAAAACUAUUGUACUAUAAAAUGUUAACCUUUCAA